GUGGUUGCGUGGUUCACACGAAUGUAUAAAAAGCUCGCGACGAAGAGGGCCCCGGCACUUCAGUCUUUUCAAAAAUAUCGUAAGGAUGGCUCUAGAACGUCAAGUGCGCGCUAAGAUUGCGUCGAAACGCAAUCCCGAACAAGAGAAGGAAGCGCAGGAAUGGAUCGAAUCGAUCCUUGGCAAAAAGUUUCCCCCCGGUGAGACUUUCGAAGAUGUGCUGAAGGACGGUCAGGUCCUUUGCCAUCUCAUGAAUAAGAUCUCUCCUGGAUCGGUACCGAAGAUCAAUAGCUCCGGCGGACAGUUCAAGAUGAUGGAAAAUAUUAAUUUGUUUCAAAAGGCUCUAAAGGAUUAUGGGGUGGACGACGUCGACGUUUUCCAGACAGUGGACUUGUGGGAGAAGAAAGAUAUCGCCCAAGUAGUAACGACGUUGUUCGCUCUUGGCCGAACGACGUACAAGCAUCCCGAAUGGAAAGGACCUUACCUAGGACCUAAACCAUCAGAAGAGUGUAAACGUGAAUUUACAGAAGAACAAUUGCGGGCUGGCGAGGCGGUGAUCGGUCUUCAAGCGGGUUCCAACAAGGGUGCAACUCAGGCCGGCCAGAGCAUCGGUGCCACUCGUAAAAUUCUCCUGGGAAAGUAAAUUAAAAAAUCUCAGCGCAGCUGCUUACUCUCUUCCACUCUUUAGAGCUAAAAAAAUUGCGUAUUUUUCUAUGUACAUAAAUGCGUAUAUAUAUAUUUUAUUUUACUUUUGUAAUUAUAUAUAAAUGAUAAAUAGCUGUCAUUUAUUGAUCAGUCUUUUCAUUUUACUUCUUAAAGAUAGCCACUGUAUCAUCAAGAUAGCAAUUGUGUCAUCUCGUAAUAAGUUGUAAUUUUUUUAAUCAAAAGAGAUAGAGGGAGAAAGAGAGAAAAAGAUAGAGAGUGUGUAUGUACGUUUUUUAAUAGAGAGUCAGCGAUAAUAUUCACACAAUGAUAAAAUAAUUUUUAUAAUUAAACGAGAUACACUAUCGUUAUUAAAUCAAAUCUCUUAUCUCUUUGUGUCUCGAGAUUUUAGUCUCGAAAAAUGUACAAUGUCGAUGACAGAUAUGCGUUUCAAAGCAAUCAAACUGUUAUUUAAUUGAGUAAUGACAGAUGCGCGUUUCGAAACGAUAAAUUGAUUGUUAUCUAAAGGAUUCCAAAUAAAAUUAGUUCUAUCCAUCCGAAAUAA